AUGGCCCUGGAGACGGUGCUGGUGCCGAAGGACCUGCGGCACCUGCGGGCUUGUUUGCUGUGUUCGUUAGUCAAGACUAUAGACCAGUUUGAAUAUGAUGGGUGUGACAAUUGUGAAGCGUACCUACAAAUGAAGGGCAACAGAGAGAUGGUAUAUGACUGCACCAGCUCUUCAUUUGAUGGGAUCAUUGCAAUGAUGAGUCCAGAAGACAGCUGGGUCUCCAAGUGGCAGCGAGUCAGUAACUUUAAGCCGGGUGUAUAUGCUGUGUCAGUCACUGGUCGCCUACCCCAAGGAAUUGUCCCGGAGCUGAAAAGUUGGGGAGUGGCCUACAAAUCCAGCGACACGGCAAUAAAGACCUAG